AUGUCCUGCCAGAAGUGGUGCUCAAACCACCAGGCCAAGUGGAUCCUUGCUGGCAGCGUCACGGUGACACUGGUGUUGACCAUUUCGAUGGUUCUGGGCCUAACCCUGCAGCGACCAGGCUGUGAGCAAGAUGCAUUUUGCCGUCCGGAUGCUGACAUGCUGGACUACAUGCUGAGCACAGGCCAAAUCAGCCACCGCGACGGCCUGCUGGUCACCUGGUACCACGCAGCCAACAGCAAGAAAGAGAUGGAGGCUGCCCUGAGCAGCAAUGUCAUGGUCUUGGAAGCAGAUGUCACUGUGGAAGGGUUCAACACAGCCAAUGAGACCGGGGUGCCCAUUAUGGCCCACCCUCCAGCCGUCCACAGUGACAACACCCUGCAGCAGUGGCUGGAAGCUGUGCUGGCCUCCUCUCAGAAGGGCAUCAAACUGGACUUCAAAAGCCUCAAGGCUGUAGGCCCCUCCCUGGACCUCCUUCGGCAGCUGACUGAGGCCGGCAGGAUCCGGAGACCCGUGUGGAUCAAUGCUGACAUCCUGAGGGGUCCCAAUGUGCCCAUCUCAGUUGAGAUCAAUGCUACACAGUUCCUGGCACUUGUCCAGGAGAAGUACCCAGAGGUCACCAUUUCUCCAGGCUUCACCACUCUUUACGUACCUCAGCUGCCAAACAGCACAUACACCCAAGCCAUGGUGGAAAGGAUGCAGGAGCUGGUGGCCGUCCUGCCACAGAGGGUCACCUUCCCAGUGCGUGCUUUCAUGACACGGGCGGCUUGGCCCCACUUCAGCUGGCUUCUGAGCCAAUCUGAGAGGUACAGCCUGACACUGUGGCAGGGUGCCUCCGACCCCGUGUCGGUAGAAGAUCUCCUCUUCAUCCGAGACAACAGUGCCGCUCACCAAAUCUACUAUGACCUCUUCGAGCCUGUCUUGUCGCAGUUCAAGCAGCUGGCCUUGAACACCACACGGAAGCGAACCUACUACACAGGUGGCAGCCUGAUCCCUCUUCUCCAGCAGCCCAGGGGUGAUGGUCUGGAGGUAGAGUGGCUGGUUCCAGAAGUGAAUGGCAGUGGGGGAACGGCAGCCAUUACUGUCCCUGACAGAGAAGGCAUGGUCCUGCUGGAUGUUGGCCUCCAGGAACCUGAAGCUGGGACCCCUGUGCCCAUCCUGCACUCGCCGGGUGGUCCUGUUCUGACGCUGGAGUCAUGUCUGCUGCAGCUGGGCAUCCACAACAGGCGCUGGGGCAUCCACGUGAACAUAGUGGAACCCGCAGCUCUCCGGCCAUCCCUGGCCACGCUGGCACACCUCUCCACCCUUGGCCAUCUGCCCUGGCCUGUGUGGGUGGGAGCCACAAUCUCACAUGGUAGUUUUGUGGUCCCUGGCCACGUGGCCGGCAGAGAGCUGCUCACAGCUGUGGCUGAAGUUUUCCCCCAUGUGACUCUGGCACCGGGCUGGCCUGAAGAGGUGCUGGGCAGUGGCUAUCAGGAGCAGAUGGUCACAGAUAUGCUGGAGCUGUGUCAGGGACUCCGGCAACCUGUGUCCUUCCAGCUGCAGGCUAGGCUACUGGGCCGGAGCACAGCCACAUCUGUGGCCAGGCUGCUGGCAGCCUCCCCUCGAGCCACUGUCACGGUGUACCACAGCAUUGCUGGGGACAGCUAUACGGAUGUGUGGGCUGGACUGUGGGCGGCCAGGGCCGUGGACAGGACACGAGUCUAUUACAGGAUACCCCGGGAGCACCGGGAACACUUGCUGGCAGACGUGAACAGGAACUGA